CUGAUUUCCAGGCCAGAAUAAUUUAAAAUUUUUUGUAAAUUAAAAUGUUAUACUUGGUAAGCGCCCUUUUUAAACUAAACAGUGCUUAUCGUUUUCGCGGUAUCUCAAAUUUUUAACAUUCCAAAAUCCAUUGUUAGCUAGGACUAGAACUAGUGAAAUAAUCAAUUCAAAGAAGCAAUUUCCUCCUUAUAGAUAUAAUGUGGCUGAUCAAGAGGUAGUAUCAACUGAAAAAAUGACUCAAAUGAUGGUGAUUAUUGCCGCUGCUCAUCUAGUAUACUGUCCUUUUACCAAAGUAGAAGAAAGUUUCAAUUUGCAAGCUAUACAUGAUAUUCUUUAUCACAAAUGGAAUUUAUCUGAGUAUGACCACCUAGAAUUCCCAGGAGUAGUACCAAGAACAUUCUUAGGUCCUCUUGUUGUAUCAGCAUUAGCAUUUCCUUUUGUUUUCAUACUACAAUGCUUAGAAUUUAAUAAAUUUUGGGCCCAAUAUAUUGUUAGAUUUAUACUAGCUUUAUGUGUAAUAUAUGGAUUUAAGAAACUGAGUAACACCCUUUCAAAACAGUUUGGUUCAAGAUGGUUGCAGUGGUUCAUUGCCAUAACGGUAACGCAAAGUCAUUUUAUGUUUUAUAUGAGCAGGCCUCUACCUAAUAUAAUGGCUUUACCUUUAGUUUUGUUAGCCUUAGACGGUUGGUUGAGGAACGACAGCAAGAGCUUUAUACUAUUUUCUGGCGCUGCCAUAAUAAUCUUUCGUGCAGAACUAGCCCUAUUUCUAGGAAUACUACUUCUGUACGAUCUAGUUUAUCAAAGGAUCACAAUCAAAGGAUUUCUGCAAGUCGCCGUGCCUGGUGGUGUGUUCUUUCUUUUGCUUUCGGUGGUUAUAGACUCGGUGUUCUGGAAUAGACCGUUGUGGCCUGAAGGCGAAGUGCUGUGGUACAAUGUGGUGUUGAAUAAAAGCUCAAAUUGGGGAACAUCACCAUUUUUAUGGUACUUCUAUUCAGCUAUACCUAGAGGACUAGCUACGUCUACACUUCUAGUUCCUGUCGGGUGCUUUUUGGACGAGCGAGUUAGGAGACUCGUACUUCCAUCGUUGUUGUUUGUUUUUAUAUAUUCGUUUCUACCUCACAAAGAACUGAGAUUUAUCAUCUACAUCUUUCCAUUUUUGAAUGUUGCCGCAGCCACAGCAUGCCAUCGAAUUUGGGAGAACAGAAACAAAACUCCCAUCUAUCAUUUCCUGUCGCUGGGUGUAGGGGGACACCUAGCGGCCAACAUUUUCUUCACUCUGUUCCUUCUCAGCAUAUCGGGGACUAACUAUCCCGGUGGAAGUGCCAUAUCACAUCUGAAUAGACUGGCCAGACAUGAACCAAUGGUCCACGUGCACAUAUCAAAUUUGGCCGCCCAGACGGGAGUCUCCAGAUUUACUCAGAUAAAUAGUUCUUGGAUCUAUGAUAAAACAGAAAAUCUGAAGACCACCGACUUAGAAAUUCUGAAGUUCACACAUCUCAUAGUAGAAGGCAAGAGCAAAUUCUCGGCAAACUUGAAGCCAUUGACUGCCACGCACGACAUCAUUGAUACUAUCGAAUCAUUUCAUCAGAUAUCCUUCAAUUAUUUAACCAUACCUCCGAUAAAGAUCAAAACAAAGCCUGCUUUGUUUAUUUUAAGACGAAAAGACGAUUACAAGUACAUUUUGGAGAACAGACCAGAACUGUUUUAUGAGGAAAUAAUUCCAGAUUCUGAGGAGCAUGAGAAAACAAAUGAUCUAUCAGGAAGUGUGGAAGAUAAAGAUAGAGAACACGCUAAAGAAAUCUUACUAAGGGAAGAGGAUAUUGUGAAAGCGUCUGUAGAUCAAAACAAUAAUAUUGAUUCAAAAGUCAAUAGAAACAUUAAAGAAGAAACCUUGAAUGAGGAUGUUGAAGCAGAGAAAAGGAAAGAACUUGAAGUUAAAGAAAAACGAAACGUUGCAUGGAAAAAAAGAAACAUAAUUAAUGAAAAUACUGACGAAAAUUCUGAAGAUAUUAGAAUUAUUUCAAAACCAAAGUUUUCUCAACGCGCAAAGGAAGUUGAAGCUAAGGAUCCAACAAAAAACACUGGUACGAAAAUUAAGAGGAACCUUGACGACAUUCCUGUUCAAGAUAAAGAAUUUGAGCCGCGAGAAAAGCCACCAAGUCGUGUUAAUAAGAGGCAUGUUCUGGAAAAGCCUUUAAAGAAACAAUUCUAUAAAGACUCGGAUUCAAUACAAUCAUCUGAAGAAAUCAGGGAAACUGAGAGACCUUUGAAGAAAGAAACAUUUUCUAGUGACGAAACUAAGGUGAAAACGAAAUCUUUCUUGCCUGAAGAGAAAAGAAGAUCGAAAAAAGCAAAAUCGUUAGAAGAAACUUCAGUUAUAUCAUUCGACAUUAAUAAAUUACGAGUGAAGCAGAAUAUAAAGAAAAUCGUCCAGAAAUACAAGCGUAAAAAGAGCGACGAUGAAAAGCAGCCUCAGGCAUUGAAAAAAACCGUUGAUGUCCAAGAGGAAAUCUCGAAGAUUGAGCAACAAAUCAUUGACAUUAUUGAAGCAAACCCUAACAUCGUCAAUAAAGAGUUUAUCAAAAGCAAACUGAGCGAAACGAUCAAACAGGAAUUGGUCAAUGUUCUUUCUGGUCCUUCUAACGACGCAACUGUUUCAAAGACUGAAGAUUUAGAGGAAUUGGAGAACCCUAAACGCGAACCAUUAAUUGAGAAAUCCAAAGAAAGUGAAAUUACUGAUGUUGAUGAGGUGGGAAGUGCUGUGCAAGUAUACGAAUCCAGUGGUUUUGAGAAUAAUGAGGCUGAACAAGAGAAUAUGUUUGAAGAAGAACUGAGUGAUGAUAAUAAAGCUUUGCUGGCGAAGAAAUUUAAAAAAGCUACCGAAAGGCUCGACAGCAUCAUUAAUAUCAUCGACGAAAUUGUUGAUACGAUCGAAAUUAUCGACGAAAAAGACGAAUAAUGUCGCUUUUGUUUAGCUGUUUUUUUAUUAACGUUUGGUUGUUUAAAUAAAUAUUUUCCAGGUU